AUGUCUCCUCCCGCUGCCAUCUCCCCACCGCCGAGCACCAAGACCAGAGAGGACAUUUUCAAUGAGCCCGAUUGGAACAAGGUUCAUAGUCAUCGCGUUGGCCUCCGGAACAAAGAUGAUCGGUUCCCGGGUCUUACGCACGAUGGGGAUGAUCCGCGAUUUCAGCUAGAGGAGCUGUCAGAGAAGGAGGUGGAGAUGUUGCAGGCGAUGAAGGCCAAGGGAGAGUUGCUUACGGUGAGGGAUUUCAUGAAGGACCAGGAGGAUUUCCACUUAACUCGACCGGAAGUGCAUCCUAAGCACUGGCGAUACGUGUUGCAUACGACCGAAGACUUCAUUAAAUAUGAGGAGGACUGGCCGAUCAACAAGAAGGAUCCCAAAAAGCCGCAUACGCAGGCUAACGGCAUCAACGGGACGGCAAAUGACAAGUACACCCCUGAGCAACUGGCGUUCCUGAAGAAUCUCCAGGAUGAAGCUGAGUAUUUCCGCACCUUGAAGAUCAACGACGGAAAGGGCGUUUCUCCCGUGAAAGAUGCGCCUAUGCCUGCGGAUGUCAACGACCAGGACAAGCUCACGCCCGAUAAUUGGGUCCCUCGGUCGGAUCGUCUCAUUCGGCAAACCGGUAGGCAUCCUCUCAAUGCAGAGCCUAACCUAUCGGAGCUUCUGGAUGCAGGUAUCAUCACUCCCAGUUCCCUGCACUAUGUCCGCAGCCAUGGCCCCGUGCCACAUCUUCUGUGGGAAAAUCAUAAGCUCGAGAUAUCGGCAGGAAUAUCCUUGAGCUUAUUCAUGGAUGACUUGGUGGACCAAUUCCAGAGCAUCAACAUCCCCGUUGUGCUUGCCUGUGACGGCAACCGUCGAAAAGAAGUCAACAUGGUCAAGCGAAGCAUGGGAUUCAAUUGGGGCGCCGGAGCAGUCAGCUGCGCAUACUGGAAGGGUGUGCUUCUACGCGACGUGUUAAUCAUGGCGGAAAUCGAGCAAUUGAUGGCGGAUUAUCCUAACCAACGUCUCUAUGUCAACUUCCAAGGGUCGGAAACAUGCGCCGAGGGCAAAUACGAGACUUCUAUCUCACUGGAUCAUAUCAUGAAUCCGGAAAACGAUGUAUUACUGGCUUACGAGAUGAACAAUAACCCAUUGCCCGCAGACCAUGGGUACCCCGUCCGACUCAUUGUUCCUGGAUUUGUCGGCGGUCGUUGUGUCAAAUGGUUGCAAAGCAUCUGGGUAACGGACAAGGAAAACGACAGUCACUAUCAUAUAUAUGACAACCGUGUGGUUCCCAGCUUUGUGGAGGAUAGAUCCUCGGAUUUUGGCAAAGCCAUGUACAAUCAUCCCAGCACGGCAUGCAUGGAACAGAUGCUGAACUCGGUCAUCAUGAGACCUGAUCAUGGUGAAAAGAUUAAGCUUGAGGGUGCCAAAAACGGAGAGAAAUACCGGGUCCAGGGAUACGCAUAUAAUGGUGGUGGGAAUGAAAUCCAACGUGUCGAGAUUAGCUUGGAUGGAGGGAACAGCUGGCUGUAUUGUACACGUCAGUAUCCGGAUGCACCCCUGCGUCAUGGACGAAAGUUCUGGACAUGGCUGCACUGGUACAAUGAUCUUCCCAUCGCGGAACUUCUGAAAGCGGAAAGCAUCACAGUUCGAUGCUGGGAUGUCAACAAAAAUACGCAACCAGAGAAAAUCCGGUGGAAUCUUGAGGGAAUGAUGAACAAUGCCCAGUUUGUGGUAAAGUCGGAAAUUGUUCAAGACCCGGAUACCUUUAAAUCUGUCCUACAAUUCCGCCAUCCAACUAAUGCGAGCGGCGAUGGUGGAUGGAUGGCGUCCUCCCGCGCGAAUCAGAUUAACGACUGGAAGCAAGAGGGUGACACGCCGGUCACGCAAUACGAUCGUGAAGAAAUCGAAAAGCAUUCGACCGCAACGGACUGUUGGCUCGUCAUCAAUAACAAAGUAUACGACGCGACCAGCGUUCUCGGGUGGCAUCCAGGGGGUCAAGCCGCCAUUUUAGCACACGCAGGCCGGGUACAUAUGCAGACAACGGACGAGUUUGAGUCUAUCCAUGAUACUCAGGCUCACGAGGAACUUCAAAAACACAUCAUUGGCGUGGUUACAAAGAACACGCAGGACUAUAUGAAACAGCUCGCAGAAGAGGAAGCGAAGAAAGAAGCCGAUGAAUCGCAUGACAAACCUGACAUGGCCCUGAAACAUCACAAAUGGAUCCAAGCCAAGUUUCUGCAAAAGACUGCAAUCUCUAACGACACGAAUCGGUAUAAGUUCUCCUUGCCAGACGGCAAGAAGCUCGGUCUAGAAACCGGGCAGCAUGUGCAAGUCGGAUUCCACUUUGAAGAUAAAAUGGUCUUCCGGUCAUAUACGCCCGUCAGACCGGUAACAGAAGAAGAGGAAGACGGAACAUUUGACCUCGUCGUCAAAACCUACAAGCCCGAUCUGCAGCAACCAGGCGGCACGAUGAGCAACAUCCUCGACUGUCUGCGCGAGCAUCAAGAGAUCGACAUCACCGGGCCGACCGGCGAGAUCCGCUACCAAGGGAACGGAAAGUUUCUGAUUGACGACGUGGAGUACCAUUUUGAUCGCAUUCAGUUGAUUCUUGGCGGCUCUGGAAUCACCCCCGGCUACCAAGUCAUCGCGCGUAUCUUGUCUUCUCCAGAGGAUAAGACGCAGAUCAAAGUCGUGGAUUCCAACAAAACUGAGAACGACAUCUUAAUGCACGACGAACUGACCAAGUUUGAAGAGGAACAUCCCGAUCAACUUCGCGUUUACCAUAUCCUUUCCCGAGCAGACCCGAGCUGGACUGGACUGCGCGGGCAUGUUGAUGAGUCAAUGCUCCGUAAAUAUGCGUUUGCGCCUGACGAGAAGACUGUCGCACUUCUAUGCGGACCACCUGCCUUGAUUACGGCAGUCGCGACGGCAUUGGAAAAUUGGGGGUAUCACAAAGAUCAUAACGUUUUUGGAUUUUAA